GGUAUAUUGAACCGGGCGUAGUCAGGAUUGGCCUAAUAAUGAUUAAUUAUACGAGAAUUUACUACGGAGAAAUCAGUAAUCCUCUAGAGAUACUUUCAGCCAAUGAGAUAGCGAAUACAGAGUCAACUGGAUCGUCAUCGCACCGCAGCACGAAAUCUGAGCAAUACACGUGUACUUAUACUAACACAAAAAACGAUCAUCUCGUCCGUGAUUAUGUUCUUUGACAGAAGAGAUAAAUCACGUUCAUGAUAUAUCUCCACAACCCCAUUUGUCAUCCGUACGCAAUCUCAAAAGUUAAAGCCGUUCCAAGUCCAGACCAGCCUCUUUCCUUCCUCAACAGCUCGAUCCAAGUUUCUUCGAGAUGGCUCGUACUAAGCAGACCGCACGUAAAUCAACCGGAGGCAAGGCUCCAAGGAAGCAACUCGCCACUAAGGCUGCACGAAAAUCUGCCCCUACCACAGGAGGCGUGAAGAAGCCUCACAGAUACAGACCUGGCACCGUCGCUCUCAGAGAAAUCCGCAAGUACCAGAAGAGUACAGAGCUGCUCAUCAGGAAGCUUCCGUUCCAGAGGCUGGUUCGUGAAAUUGCACAGGAUUUCAAGACAGAUUUGCGUUUCCAGAGCCAUGCUGUGUUGGCGCUGCAGGAAGCCGCAGAGGCAUACCUUGUUGGUCUCUUUGAGGAUACCAACCUGUGCGCCAUUCAUGCCAAGCGGGUGACCAUCAUGCCCAAGGACAUUCAGCUUGCCAGGAGGAUCAGAGGGGAGAGGGCUUAAUAAUAGCAAUAAUGAAUGCUCUCUUAUUGUAAUGUAUGGACUUAAAACUCUGUUUAGCUAAUUAGUGUUAUUGUUUGCUCGUGUCUUUAGGAUCGACCAUACAUUUCUCUUUUCAUGUUGAUGUUUCAGUUUUUGGAUAGAUUAUCCUACGGGUGUUGGAUUUGCUUCGUUUGAUAUAUAUACUCUAUUAACAAGUGCACUUCCCUUCUGCUCUUUUAUGUUUUCUUGUUUUGUUUCAUCCCAACUGGAUGAAUUAGGAAGUUCUAGCUUUGUUUGA